CAUGAACUUCGAUGAAGCCGAUCCUCAACAACGGUGCUGCUCGAUGAGCGAUACUGGAAACUGAUCAAACCUGGGAUGGCACCCACAACGGAGUCAAGACUGAACGUGGAGGCUUUAAGUAAGAGCGAUGUGCUGGUACUCUUCAGUGUUCUGGAAGGGGAGCUGGAGGCCAGAGACUUUGUCAUACAGGCACUCAGGGCCCAGCACAUAGAUUCCUAUAUGUUGGAGCGAUAUGGCAAAUACAACCUGAGUGAUCCCUUCCUGGCCCUGCAGAGAGACAAUGAGGUCCUCCAGAGCUCCAGCCAGGCCAGGGGAAAUGUAGAAGGUUCCUCUCAGAGACAAGAGGGUGUCUGUGGGGCUACGGCUCGCUCGGAUCCUUUGGCGGUGCUGAAGUUGGUGGUUGGACACUGCAGAAGAAUGCAGGAGAAGAUGCUGAAACAGCUGGCAGCUGCAGAGAGCAGACACAGGAGGGUCAUUGCUGAUCUGGAGGAGGAGAAGAGAAGGCAUGCUGAAGAUACUGCAGAGGGAGAUGAUGUCACUUACAUCCUUGAGAAGGAGAGAGAGCGCCUCCUGCAGCAGCUGGAAUUUGAAAAGUCAAGGACGUCUCAGAUGGAGCUGGAGAACAAACGACUGCACAAUCAGUUAGAAGAUGAGCGUGUCCAGCAUAAACAGCUCAUAACGGCACUAAGUCGGGAAUGCAAGCGUUCCGGCUCCCGUGCACAUGAGGAGUCCCAGCGUGCCAAUGAACUCAACCAUCACCUCGAUCGCGAACGAGCGGCCAACCAGACUCUGAUGGCGGAGCUGGAGGAAGAAAAGAUGCGGGCUAUGCAAAUGGAGGCCAGAAGAGAGGAGCUAUUGGCUGAGUUUGACACUGAAAGAGAGCAGCUUGGGCUGAGAUUACGAAAGGAGGAAGCGCGUUGCAAGGAGCUACAGGAUGAAUUGGAGAUGUCGAGAAGAACGAUGAGCAACGGAGCUUUUGAGACAAUUGUGGAUAAAUCAAACAAAACCCAACCAAAGAUGAAUGGACACCAUGUUCCAGCAGAAGAAGAUGGGCACUCUGAGAGGCAAAAAAUGGAGAAUGUACCAGAAAAUCAAGCCAUCUCUCCUGACAUGCCCGGUCUACAAGCUGCGUACCAAGCUGGCAUCAACCAGCGCUUCCAUGCAGCACGUCAUAAAUUCCAAUGCACCUCUGAUCCUGAUACUCAGACCAUCCCCUCCCCUCCACCUGGUGCAAAUGACCUCUCUCCCAUUGUUGCCCCUGUAGCUCAACCAAACAGCACUUCUUCUAAACAGGUCACCCGCAGCACGGUCACCCACACCCUGAAUCGUUUCAGCACUCAGCAAGGUUCCAGCAAACCUGCCGCUCCCAACAGCUCCCCUUUCGGCACAGAUUACCGCACCAUUGCCCAUUCCGGGAUGAUGUCUCCCACUAUCAGGUCCCCAACUAUUCCCAGAGCAGAGAGAGGAAACCCACCCCCGAUCCCACCCAAGAAACCAGGCCUCGCUGAAACUCCACCUUCUCCGGCCACUCUCCGAGCUGCUCACCUGGCUCAAUUGUCAGCCACUUGUGGACACAUCAAUAACCCAGACUUGUCGUUUAACAGCUAGCAAGCACAAAGUGUCAUGAAUAUGAUAUUUCAUACUCUGCAAGGCCAAAAUGAUGUGGACUUUGUCUUUUAAUUAACAAGUUUGGCUAUUUCAGUAAUGACAAAUCUGAAUGCUACAUAAUAUAAAGGAGGACCAACUUUCUAUUAAUGCCGAUGUUUUUGAAAUUUAAAGAAUGUUCUGCGUUCAAAAUCAUUUAAAAAUAAUUAACAACAUUUGUGGCAUAAUGCUAAUUAUUAUAAAAACAUUUGGAGUCAUCCCUUGUUCAUUCCAAAAAUUGCAGUAAGUCACUUACAGUGGAAUGGAAAGGGGCCAAUCCAUAAACACUAAAAUAAAUACUGUUUCGAAAGUAUAGCCAUGAGAUGUAAAAAUUAGGUGUAAUAAAAGGUAUAGUAAAAUCAGGCAUUUACCAGAUUACAGGGUUUGCGUGUUACAUCGUCAUGACAACCAAGUUGUAAUAUUGGAUAUAUCUUUACAUAGAUAAGAUUGGUAAGCGAUUUUAUCAAACUUAAAUCAUGUUAACAGGCAUAAUGUUUGUGUCUUGUGGCUAUACUCAUGAAACCGUUUGUAUUUGAACAUUUAUGGACUGGCCCCAUUUACUUCAAUUGCGAGCGCCUUACUGUAAGCGCAAUUUAAAAAAUGUUUUUAAUUCUUUUUUUUUUGGAGUCUAAAUUAUUCUUUGUGGUAAUUAAAAUUCAGCCAUAAAUGCUAUUGAUUAAGCUUAAUUUGUAUUGAACCGGAACAUUGUUUUAAAUGCUCAACAAACACAUACAUGUUGUGUUGGGCUGUCUAUAUACUGUACUUUUGGACAAAUAUAGACAUUUUGGACGUAUUACCAUAAACUUGUCAAACACUGUUUGUUAUUUUUUGUAGAGGACAUUUCAGGAUCUUUUAAUCAUUCAAACCUAUAUUAUCUUUUGUAACAUUGCAGUGUUAAUCUCAUUGGUGUUUGCAUGACAUUUAACAUUAUCAGAUGCAUUUUAAUUGUGUGCAUGGAUUUAAAAACAUAUUAUACAGUCUGUAUGUUACCAAACCCUACAUGAUAAAUUCACUUGAUUUACACUGACAAUCUGGAACCAGCUUUUAUAAAUAGAUGAUAUUUAUAUUUUUGACAAAUAUUUAUAUACAGUAUACACAAGAUGACAUCUGAAUAGUUUCAUUUUAAUUUCUAUCCCCAGUUAUCUAGUUUAUACACUGAAUUGUAUAUUUAACAGACUGCAUGUACAAACAAUGAAAUGCUUUCUCACAAAAGCAGUUUGUUUUUGUAGAUCUAAAGAAAUUCAAGUCACGUGCUUGCUCUGAAUCAUAUAAAUUGCACGUUUGUAUCACCUUGUCCCUGGAACAUUCUGUUGAUUUUAGACAUUUCUUUUUGGGAUCAUCAGUUUGCUGAUAAUAUGCAUGUUAGUUUUCAUAAACCAAGAUUGUUGUACUUAAUUUAGCAUAUAAUUGAUUGUUAUAAUAUUAUGCUUGUUGGCAUGGGUUGAAACGAAGUAUUAUGGAUUACAUGUAAAUUGCAUUAUAUAACGUCUUAACCCAGCCAGGAGGGGGCACUGGCUGUUAAAGUAGCACAUACAGGGACAGUAUCACCCAUCCUCAGCCAUUCAUAGCCUAUGUUAAGAAUGGAAUACUAGCAGACUGCAUACAGCACAGUAUACGCUGUAUACUUUGUGCCUACUGUUUUUAUCAUUUUAUUUGAAACAGUAUGCAUUUUGCAACAAUAUUUUGUUAU